CGACAAUCUCAUCGCGAACAUCCACCUUGCGCCGACAAAAAUGUCUUCCGCAAAACGUGUCAAAUUGUCUCACUCCAAGGCUCCGGGGCCUUUCCGGAAGCACAGCUCUGGAGAUGGUGCCGCUUCGAAAAAUAUUACAAAAAAGAUCACUCAAGCUCCAAAAACAUCGGCGCCAAUCAAGCAAAAGGCCCGCGAUGCAGAAGAACUCGAUGACGAUGACGAGGACGACGAGGAUGAGGAGGAGGAUGAUGACAGCAGCGAUGAAGCUAGCGAGAACGAUGAUUCCACGCCCACAGUAGAGGAUGCAACCAAAGACAAACAAACCGAGCUGCCGAGCAAGGAAGAGGCACCAACCAAGUCUUUUCGGGAUCUUGGCAUUGUUGAACCACUUUGCGAGGCAUGCGAGGCUCUCAAGUUCAAGAAGCCCACACCGAUUCAAGAGCAGGCGAUACCCCUGGCACUACAAGGCCGUGAUGUAAUUGGUAUCGCUGAGACAGGUUCAGGAAAGACAGCGGCCUUUGCGCUGCCUAUCCUUCAGUCUUUACUCGAAAAGCCGCAGCCGCUAUUUGGUCUCGUCCUUGCUCCCACUCGAGAGCUUGCCGCCCAGAUUGGCCAAACAUUCGAGGCCCUGGGUGCCUCGAUCUCGUUGCGAUGCGCCGUCGUGGUCGGUGGACUGGACAUGGUCUCUCAAUCGAUUGCACUGGGAAAGAAGCCUCACAUUGUUGUCGCCACACCUGGACGUCUGCUAGAUCAUUUGGAAAAGACCAAAGGCUUCAGCUUGCGGUCUUUGAAGUUUCUGGUUAUGGAUGAGGCUGAUAGGCUGCUUGACCUGGACUUUGGGCCAAUCCUCGAUAAAAUCCUCAAGUUCCUCCCCAGGGAGCGCCGCACCUUUCUCUUCUCCGCUACCAUGAGCUCCAAGGUCGAGAGCUUGCAGCGAGCCAGUCUGCGGGAUCCGCUCAAGGUUAGCGUUAGCUCAAAUCAGGAGAAAACGGUGUCUACCUUGAUCCAGAACCCUCUCUUCAUUCCCCAUAAACACAAGGAUGUCUACCUCAUUUAUCUCGCCAAUGAGUUCGCCGGCAAAACAACCAUUGUCUUCACAAGAACUGUCAACGAGGCUCAGCGUGUUUCCAUUCUGCUGCGCACGCUCUCAUUUGGCGCAAUUCCUCUGCACGGCCAGCUCUCACAAUCGAUGCGUUUGGGUGCUUUGAACAAGUUCAAGGCUAGGUCACGCGACAUAUUAGUGGCAACCGAUGUCGCUGCUCGUGGUCUGGAUAUUCCAGAGGUCGAUCUUGUCAUCAAUUUCGAUAUGCCCCAAGACAGUAUGACAUAUAUUCACCGUGUGGGUCGUACCGCACGUGCUGGGCGGUCUGGUCGAGCCAUUUCUAUUAUAACACAAUAUGACCUUGAACUGUGGCUGAGGAUAGAAAAGGCAGCCCUAAACGGGCGCAAGUUGCCGCUUUACCAGCCUGACAAGGAAGAGGUCAUGGUGUUUAAGGAGCGCGUGGAAGAGGCGCAGCGGCAUGCACGGGAAGAGAUGAAGACUCUGCACGAGGAUAGAGGCAAGAAGGGAGCAGUCCUCAAAGGCCGUAAGCGUGGCUCUGCGACAAAGAGGCGGCACGACGACAUGGACGCCGAGGAGGGCUAAGUUUUGUCUUGUUUUGGUGUCGGUGCACCGUUGUGUCGGGUGUAGAACGGUGAGAUCAUGCGCAAUGUUUAAAAUACCUUAUCGUGUUAGUGUAUUAGAAUCGGUGGCACACGAUCUUACCCAUUGACUUGCCGCUCCAGCCUGAAACCUGGUCAGUUCAGCUUCAACAACGAGUGGGUUGUAAUACGACUAUUUGGCGAAUCAAAGGAUCCUUCAGGAAAUUGUGCUUACCUUGCCCCCCUCUUUCGGUAUCAAUUCAUGGGGCUGCGCAUAGAUGGCCUAUGAAAUGCUUCAUUCGAACCAGGGGUGCUUUUAUGCUUACUAGAUUGGGAAUUAGGCGGCCGAGGUAGCCCUCCAAGUUGAACUUUUUGCCAAUCCUUCCCGCGUCUUUCCUUUCUUGGUCCUAG